AUGUCUCGAGAAGCAUCCGUCAUAACCUCACUCAUCGAGAUGGAGGACGCUGAGAUAAUCUCAUACUUGAAAAACAUUGAGAUCCAGCGCUCGACCGACAACCCGAUCAACUACAAUAUCGUGUUCCUGUUUGAAGAGAACCCGUAUUUUACAAACAGCAAGCUGAUUAAGGAGUUCGACUUUAGCGACAAGGGCAACAUCAAGGUGGUCAACCACAAGAUCGACUGGAAGGCCAACAUGGACCUCACCGCGGUUGGCAAAAAGACUGACGUUGAGGAAGAGGGCGACGAGUUUUCGGAGAACGAGGACGCCAGUUUCUUCUGCUGGUUCAACGACGCCAAUGGCUCCGAUCUAGCCGACCUUAUUGCUAACGACCUGUUCCCCAACGCCGACAUGUACUUUAUUGACAGUGAGGAUUCUGAAGACGAGGAGUCGCCGAUCUUUGAGCUUGGCGAAAGCGAUGUCGAGGAGGAAGUCGAGAGCGUCUCUGAUAAUGAGGUCGAGAACGCGCCAGCCUCUAAGCGUGCAGGCGCAACUAAGGCGGCUCCGGAAUUUACGCAUUAUUAG